GUUUUAAGGUUAAUGCCAGAAUGAUUUAAAAAGAGGAUGAAAAUGACAGCUACUGGGGCGCCCUCUUUCGGAGAUUCUUGAAAUUUUCUUUUUAUGAAACGCAUUGAACGGGAUAAAAAUGGCUCCAAGAAAAGGAAAAGUUCAAAAAGAGGAAGUCCAAGUUUCCUUGGGCCCUCAAGUUCGCGAAGGGGAAAUGGUAUUUGGUGUAGCACAUAUAUUUGCCAGCUUCAAUGAUACCUUCGUCCACGUAACUGACUUAUCUGGAAGAGAAACCAUUUCUAGGGUCACCGGAGGCAUGAAAGUAAAAGCAGACAGAGAUGAAGCUUCUCCCUAUGCUGCUAUGUUGGCUGCACAAGAUGUAGCUGAAAAAUGUAAAUCCCUUGGAAUUACUGCCCUACAUAUUAAGUUGAGGGCCACAGGUGGAAAUAAAACUAAAACUCCUGGACCUGGAGCCCAAAGUGCUCUUAGAGCUUUGGCUCGUUCAAAUAUGAAAAUUGGACGUAUUGAAGAUGUUACUCCAAUUCCAUCUGACUCUACUCGCAGGAAGGGUGGUCGCCGUGGUCGUAGAUUGUAAAAUGUUUACUUUUUUAUGUUAAGUAAAAUAAAAAUUUAAAACAAAAAA